UCUCUCUCUCCCUCUCUCUCCUUCCUGGCUUGUUUGUUGUAACGGUGCAGGAUGAAAAUCAGAUGAACGUGGGCAAGGACCACCAUCGCCGCUGCUGCUGCCUCACAGCGAGCCCCCAUCACUCCCAGCCUGAUUGCCGGAGCUGCAUCCUGAGCUGAGCUGGUUGUGCAGCAGGAUAACGACGAGGAGGUGGCGGAGAGCUGCAAGGCUCAGUGGCAGCAAGGAAGAAAAAAAAAAAAAAAAAUCUGAGGUUGGGGGGGGGGAAAAGGAGGAGGGGCCGGCUGUGGUGAGCUAGUGGGCUUCCUCUGCCUCACAGACACAUUUUAUUGACUUGCUAAUUGGAUGAGGCUCUCGGAGGAGAGGAUGCAGUGACCAAGAGGAGCUGCUCUCCAGAGGAGGGAUACAGGCGAAAAAAAAGGAAGCCCUGCUUAGGGUCCCUAAAUCAGCCUACUUAAUCUCCUUUUUUUUUUUUACCCCCCCUUUUCUCUCCGGCAGACAUUACAACAGAUGUUUUUGAGCGUCUCUCACUGACCCUUACACCGGGCUUAUCAUUUUACGGAUGACAUUGUCGAACGGAGGCUCCUGUUGCCAGACGCUUCGUGACAAGUGAUCCAUUUCCAUUUUUUUCUCCCCUGCUCCUUUUUUCACCUGUUUUUUUUUUAAUCAUUAUCUCAGGCUCAUCUGCUGGAGCUAUUUUUAUCAGCCUUCUUUAAUAUGCCAUUUGAUAUGAGCAGUAAUCUGAUGGCUGGAUGAAUUCUUCAUCAGAUCAAAGCUUCAUGGGGAUGUGAACGGAUCUUCUUGAGGAAGAAGAAGAAGAAGGAAAAAAGAUGAAGUGUUUGCCAUGACUGAGGCGUACAGAUGCUGUGAGGUCAGAGAGCAGGCGCCACCGCGCUCAGGUCUGCCGUCCCAAUGAGCCAAGCCGGCAGCACGCAGAAACGCACCACCUACCUCAUCUCCCUCACUCUGGUGAAGGUUGAGGCCGUGCCAGAGGAUGCUGCAGAGAGCCAGACGGAGGGCCUUCCAGAGGGGGAAGGGAGCCCUAGGAAGAAGAAGAAGGAGGAGGAGGUAGAGGUGGAGGCAGAGGAGAACGAGAAGGAGGCUGUGAAAGAUGUCCCUGACAGAGAUGGACCUUUGUCUGCGGAAGUGGAGCAAAAACAAAAGGCACAGGUGGAGGAGGAAGUGGAACAGGUGCACGAAAGGCACGGCGGCGCGAACGAAAGCAGGGAGAAGGCUGAGAGGAGAGACGUGCAUGCACCCCAGAGAGACGCCGUACCCGUUGGCAAGAGCAAAGAUGCAUCUUUUGCACAACCACCUGUCAGGCAAAUGGUCAAGGUGUACGGAGGAACUACGUCUGAGGGCGUGCGCAGGGAGGGACCCCGUUCGGAUGCCUUACGCCCCAAGACGGAGCUCUACAGGGAGCCUCCCAUGAUGUUCCUGAAGGGCGAGAACGGAGCGGACCUGAACAGCCGCUCACGUUGCAGCCUCCCGUUCACCGUCCCAUCGCAGAUCAGCCAGCCUCCUCCUCCGGUUGUGAUGAGGUCUCAUGCAGGAGGUAACGCUGCUUACGCCAGGGAGCUGAGAGAGACCAGCACGAGCCUGUAUCAUCCAGCCAAAACUCUGGAUCGAAGGGAUAAUCGCAGCGGGGACCAGUCUCCCCUAGUGGCAGCUACGACUCUGGGGCCUUACAGGGCGUCCUGGGCGGACAGUGACGGCAGAGGCACGCUCAUCCGACCCGGAGCACCCAUCAGCGGGGGGUUUUCGGGCGUGAUGGCCCGAGAGAGCCCGAAGGGGGAGCGGUACAAGGCCGUUUCUGUCUCUUUACCUGCCCCCCCUGCCCCCGAUGUGUGCAGGCCCCCAAGGAAAGGAACAAGUUGUACCCUAGACAACAGCGACUUGCACUCUUACUGUGAGGACCCGAGGAAGGUAAAAGAGUGCCAAGGAGGAACAAUCCAGCGGGCCCCUCCGCCUCGCGAUCGCAAGAUGCUCAAGUUCAUUAGUGGGAUUUUUACCAAAAGUACAACUGGCCCACCAGGCGCCAACACCACACCUCCUCUCUAUCCAGCUGGGGAUAGGGGUUCGAGUGAGGAGGAAGUUGUGUGCACCAGCAGUCAAGAAUGGCCCAUGAGUCAAACCGUUCAAGAGCUUCAUCUGGGUGUGUUGGGGGGACUGUGCAGUGGCAAGUCCGCCCUCGUCCAUAGACACUUGACAGGAAGUUAUCAGCCGGAGGAGAACGCAGAGGGUCGGCAGUUCGUUAAGGACGUGCUGGUGGACGGACAGAGCCACCUGCUGAUAAUCAGAGAAGAGACCGAGCUCCCAGGGCCUCAGUUUGCCAGCUGGGUGGAUGCAGUCAUUUUGGUCUUCAGUUUGGAGAACGACGCCAGCUUUCAGGAAGUUUACAAAUUCUACCACCAGCUUUCUCUGCAUCGGCCCAUCACUGAGAUACCCUUUGUAGUCGUUGGUACUCAGGAUAAGAUCAGCAGCACAAACCCCAGAGUGGUCGACGACGCCAAGGCCCGACAGCUGUGUUCAGACGUGCGGCGCUGCACUUACUAUGAAACCUGCGCCACUUACGGCCUCAAUGUGAACAGAGUCUUCAACGAUGCUGCUCAGAAGAUCAUGGCAGCCAAGAAACAAGCCGCUUUGCUGGCUUCCUGUAAAUCUCUUCCCAAUUCUCCCAGUCACUCCGGAGGCUCCACUCCAGUGUCCGGUGUCUUUCCAGGACAGGCCAGUAACGGAGGUCAGAGCAGCGAUUACUCCUCAUCCCUUCCCUCCACUCCUGUGAUCAGCCAUAAGGAGAUUGCCAGGACGCUGCGAGGGGAGAAAGGGGACAGCGGUGUGCCUGGGUCCGUCCGCAGCGUCCGCAAGCGCACUCCGAGAUUUGUGGGCCGGAGAGGCAGCGACUCAAACAGGCGGAGCGCAGACUUUAAGGGCGACUUCGGCAGCGGGCGAUUCAUCCCCAUCAAACAGGGCAUAUUGCUGAAGCGUAGUGGGAGCUCGCUCAACAAAGAGUGGAAAAAGAAAUAUGUCACUCUGUCCAAUGACGGCAUUCUCUCCUACCACUCCAGUGUCAACGAGUACAUGCUGAACGCUCCAGGGAAAGAGAUGGACCUGCUCCGAGUGACCGUCAAGGUGCCCGGAAAGCGACCCCCUCGCGCCGUGCCCGCCUGCGGCCCCCCCGCUGGGCUUAAUGGCCGCGUUAAAGAUGCGCUGGGACCUGAGGUCGGUACGAGUGGCCUCCUGCAAAUGGAGGAGGUGGAAGGUCUGGGAGGUGCUCUGUUUCUGAGGAGUAACGUCGGCGUUCAGCGCUGCCCCUCCACGCUGUCUAACCAUGGCCAAGGCGUCGACUCUGCAGUCGAGGGGGUCUCCAGCUCUUCCUCCACCAAAGACGUCGGCUCGGCCUCCCCGCUGACCGACAGGAAGAAGCAUCGCAGGAAGAAGAGCAUGAAUCAGAAAGGGGACGCAGCCGUGGGCCAGGCAGACGCUAAACGAAAAAUGUGGAAACUCAAAAGUUUUGGGAGCUCAAGAAACGUAAGCAAGACAGAUGAGGACAACUUUGACUUCCUGGUUGUGUCGAGCACCGGCCAGACGUGGCACUUUGAAGCCCAGAGCGUGGAGGAGAGGGACUCCUGGGUCCAAGCCAUCGAGAGCCAGAUUCUGGCCAGCCUGCAGCUGUGUGAGAGCAGCAAAAACAAGGAUCGCAAGAACAGCCAAAGUGAAGCUGUGGCGCUGCAGGCGAUCCGCAACGCAAAAGGGAACAACUUCUGCGUCGACUGUGAUGCACCGAAUCCGACGUGGGCCAGCCUGAACCUGGGCGCUCUCAUCUGCAUCGAGUGUUCUGGGAUUCACCGGAACCUGGGGACCCACGUGUCCCGGGUCCGCUCGCUGGCCCUCGACGACCUGCCCAGAGAGCUCACACUGGUCCUCAGCGCCAUCGGCAACCACAUGGUCAACAGCAUAUGGGAGGCUCGCACAAUGGGCCACAGGAAACCAGCACCUGAUGCUACACGAGAGGAGCGGGAGUCAUGGAUCAGAGCCAAAUACGAGCAGAAACUGUUUGUGGCCCCGUUGCCUCCUCCCACGCCCAGCGAGGGCCCAGACAUCAGCAUGUCGGGCCGUCUUCUGUUGGCAGUGAUGGAGCGCAAUCUGCCCAAGCUGCUGCUCCUGUUGGCCCACUGCACUAAGGAGGACAUCAACGCCCCUCCCUUCCUGUCGCUCCCUGCCAGGUCGCUGCUCGCGCUCCGCCUGCCCGGCUCUGCCCUGCACGCUGCCUGUCAGCAGGCUGAUGUGGUCAUGACGCAGCUUCUAGUCUGGUACGGCUGUGACGUCCGGCACCGGGACGCUCAGGGUCAGACAGCGCUGGCUCUGGCUCAGGGCGCCGGAGGCCAGGAGUGCGUCGACAUCCUGCUGCAGCACGGCUGCCCCAACGAGUCGUCCCCGGCCCUCAGCGCCACCGUCGGCUUCGCCUCGGCCGUGACCUCCAGCUUCCCCUCCGCCAUGACGCCGAGCCUGACGGUCGCCACCACCAUCAGAAUCACGCAGAAGAGCGGCAGCGCCAACCUGGGCUACAGCACUUCCAGGAGAGCCGUGCUAUAACUGCGCCGCGGGUCGUUUUUUUUUUU